AUGGACUCUUUGGGAAUGACCGGUAAUGGGAAUAUGAAUGGCCAGAAGAGUGGGCUUCAUGAAUCAGAAGUGAUAGAAGCUGAUCGAGAAUCUGGCUACUUCUCACGGGGCGCUGGGAGCAUUAGCCCUGCUUCCGAUCGACAAAGGGAAGAACCGUCAGAGAUCUUUGUUCCCUCAGAGCAAAAAGCAGUUGUCACACCAUGUAUGGGCAAGAACCUUAAUUUGACUGUUCAAACCAUCGGUGUAGAUGAGCCUGGCCCAGGAGAAGUUCUUUUACGAAUUCAUUAUACAGGCAUAUGCCGCAGUGAUGCUACUUUCUCCGUAGGUCCCAAAAAGGGCUACCCAUCACACAACCACAUCGCCGGACAUGAAGGUAUUGGGGAAGUUGUCAAGGCCCAUGACCCGGCUCUCCUAGGCAAACUUUUCGGACUUCGCUAUCUUGGCUCAAGCUGUGGAAGCUGCACGUAUUGCCUACGGAACCUGCCUACGUCGUGCCCCAAACAAUCGAACGCACCGAAGCAGAUUCAAGGCACGUUCCAGCAAUACGCCAGAGUACCUCUAGAUGCUCUCGUUGCUCUACCAGAAACCAUCAUGAAUGGAGACAUCGACCCAGCUUGGUACGCGAGUGCCCUGUGCUCGGGAUCGACUGCGCUCGUAUCACUUAGAGCUGCCAAGCUGCAGCCUGGUGAUAUAGCGAUCGUUGUCGGUAUCGCUGGUGCUAUUGGGCAUCUGACUGGAAUGAUCGCCAAGAAUGUCUUGCGAGUCAAAGUGAUCGGCAUUGAUCUAGGUUCCAAGAUUGGCGAUCUGAUGUCUGUUCAUCAUGAUUUCGCGGAUGUUCUUCUAGAAGCGCCUUCGCCUCACGAUGACCAGCUUUGGAGUAAGUUCCACGCCGAUCUGCUUGAGACAUGUGUUCAACUUCGUGGUGGUCAUGGAGUAGAACGAGCGGCCGAGGCAGUCAUUGUCACAAGCAGUGAGCUGAGUGGCUUUCAAAGAUUGGAAGAGUAUAUUUGCGAUGGUGGUACUAUUGUCUGCGCUGGGUAA